AGCCGGGGCCGAAGCGAGGCGGUCCCUGGGCACGGCGGGGCGGGGCUGGCCUGGCCGGGCGGUCCCCGGCGGGUCCCUGGAAGGCGGAAGGCUGAGGCAGAGCCGUGCCGCCGGGGCUGAGCGGUGGCUUCCCGCUCCGGCGCCCCCGUGCCCGCGCCCGGCGCGAUGGAGGCGGCGCUGCUGGGGCUGUGCAACUGGAGCACGCUGGGCGUGUGCGCCGCGCUGAAGCUGCCGCAGAUCUCCGCGGUGCUGGCGGCGCGCAGCGCGCGGGGCCUCAGCCUCCCGAGUUUACUUCUGGAGCUGGCGGGGUUCCUGGUGUUUCUCCGCUACCAGUGUUACUAUGGGUAUCCGCCACUGACCUACCUGGAGUACCCCAUCCUCAUCGCACAAGAUGUCAUCCUCCUGCUCUGUAUCUUUCAUUUUAACGGGAACGUGAAGCAGGCCACGCCCUACGUCGCCGUAUUGGGGUCUUCUUGGUUCGUCCUCGCCCUGCAGAAGUGGAUCAUAGACCUGGCCAUGAAUUUCUGUACUUUCAUCAGCGCGGCCAGUAAGUUUGCGCAGCUCCAUUGUCUGUGGAAGACGAGAGACUCGGGAGCGGUGAGUGCGCUGACUUGGAGCCUCUCCUCCUACACCUGUGCAACAAGAAUAAUCACAACCUUAAUGACCACCAAUGAUUUUACAAUUCUUAUACGUUUUGUGAUCAUGCUGGCUUUAAAUAUAUGGGUAACAGUGACAGUACUUCGCUACCGGAAAACCGCCAUGAAGGCUGAAUGAUGGACACAUUAAUUCCUUUACACUGUGGAUGCCGAGUAACUGAACCAAAGGAAAAAGAAGCUCUUUGCUAAAUUAGGGUCUUUUAUAAAUUUAGUAAAUCAGUUUAGACUCUUUGAAGCCAAAGACUUUUUUAGGCUUGAAAGAGCCAUUUAAGUACAACAAUCCCGAUUUCCCUCCUCCUUCCUCACUUCAUUAGGUUAUGGUAGCGCCCAGCCAUCUGCAGUGUUGAGGCCGGUGACUGUUGGAAGUCAUCCAGGAAGCCCAUUUCAAGGCCAUUUUGACUCUUACCCUUGAAGUCAUGAUAAAGUUCUCUACAAAGAACUUAACUACAUCGAUGUUUUUGGCUUUCAGAAUCUUUUAGGAAAUAAAUCCUCUCCAUGACAAAAAUGAACAUGAAUGGAGUGGCAUUUUUUCCAAGUCAGAGGUGGACACCCAUAAUAAAUGACUAGGGUUCACUUUCUGGGACUGAUGUUUAAUUUUAACAUAGAUACAACAGGAUGGCCUUGUUUUCUAUAUUACCAUAUUACACCUGCAUGCGCUCUAGCAAGGAUACCAAGGCAGGCAUAAAUGUAACUGGCUUGAGUUUGUAUACCAAAAUAGUCCUUCAACUUCGCACUGUGCCUUAAGUAAUUCCUAACAAAAGGUAUGAGGAUUUGCUGUAAUAUCUACUGAGGAAAUCCCAAUAAGCUUUCUGAUUCAAGUACAUUGCUGCCAUUUUUUUUUUUUUUUUUU